AUGUCAAAGACUUCGGGAAGAUCCUUCGUGACAGCGACUGCACUCUUCGUCGUCGGGCUCACACUCAUACAACGAGCCUCGGCUCAAGGCUGCGCCCCUGGGUUUUAUAGCAUGCAGCCAGGCUUGUGCUCGGGCUGCCCAGCCGGCACUUACAGCCACGCAGGCGCAGUAUCCUGCUCAGCGUGUCCCGCAAACACUUACAGCAACGGUGUGGCACCGAGCUGUUCGGUCUGUCGCCCCGGCACGACCAGCACCCCCGGCAGCGCUUCGUGCACAUGCGUUCCUUGCCCCAGCAACGAGGUCAGCGCCCCCGCCUCAUCGUCCUGCCACGGCUGCGCGGACGGGACCUAUUACGACGCGGACUCGGCCACCUGCAUCGCCGACCCCCCUAUGUGCGCGGCGGGGACGUACCUCAACGGAAACACGUGCACACCCUGCGCCGCCGGGUCAUACAGCGGCGACGGGGCGACCCAGUGCGAGGAGUGCCCUGCGGGUCAGUUCUCGUGGGAGGGCGCGUCCGCAUGCUGCCCCUGCUGCUCCGGCUUCUACUCCGACCACCCCGGCGCGAGCAGCUGCGCACAGUGCGCCACGGCCGGCGCAUACUCCGUCGUCGGCGCGUCCUCCGCGUCGGCGUGCUCCUCCUACUAUCUCGGCGGCCAGCUCUCCUGCCCCAGCUCCGGGCCCACCUGCCCCGACGUCGGCGGCGCGAACCCGUCCAGCCUCGCUCACCAAGCCCCCGUCCGACGCCGGGCAGCGUGUCCCCUCGGCCAGCGCAGCUGCCCCGUCUACGGCGUCUCCGCGAACGGGCACGGGUACGUCCGCGGGAGCGAGUGCGUCGACGUCCGGACGGACCUGGAGAGCUGCGGCGGGUGCGUCGCGGACGACUCGCCGCUCGGUGGGCGCAACGCGGACGGCGGGCGCGACUGUAGCGCGAUCCCGCAUACGGGGCGGGUGGCGUGCCGCGGGGGCGCGUGUGUUAUUGAAUCGUGCGCGUCCGGCUUCGCGCUCUCCGAAGACGGGGAGGCGUGCGUCGCCUCCAAGGCGUCCGGCGCGCUCCAUGUGCAGCGUCGAGCUGCGGGCCAUCGUACUCGACGCUUCGCUGCGAGCCUUUAA